AUCUCCUCUCCGACCUCCACCAUGGAUCUGGACCCGACCUUCAUCCUCUCCGCGCUCUUCUUCACCGUCGUGGCCGUUUACUUGGCCUCGUCGCUGCUGAGCAGGAGGCCCGACGCCUCGUCCUCCUCUGCGGGGAAGCAGGAGCCUCAAGGCGGCUACGAGGACUCCGUCCCUCCGUCCAGAGCUCUGGGACAACCAGUGCAGGAGCUCCAGGUGGAGGUUGCUCCUGAACCAGUAUCAGCACCAGAACCAGUAUCAGCACCAGAACCAGUCACAGUACCAGAACCAGUACAGCACCAGAACCAGUCACAGUACCAGAACCAGUAUCAGCACCAGAACCAGUCACAGUACCAGAACCAGUCACAGUCAGAACCAGUAUCAGCACCAGAACCAGUCACAGUACCAGAACCAGUCACAGUACCAGAGACUCUACCAGAACCAGUCACAGUACCAGAACCAGUCACAGUACCAGAGACUCUACCAGAACCAGAACUUGUCCCAGAACCAGUUGCGGCACAAGAAGUGGCUGCAGCACCAGAACCGAUCCCAGAGCCAGAGCCAGAACCAGAACCAGCCGCAGAGCCAGAACCUGUCCCAGAACCAGAACCUGUCCCAGAACCAUCUCCGGUGCCUGAGGAAGAGCCUCUGGUGCAGUCUGAACCCGAAUAUGAACCUGGACCUGUUGAGGAGCAGUUCUUACCUGAGCUGAUCCCUGGUUCUACAGAGGACCGCCUGCUGACCCCCGAACCUGUUAUAGAGGAACCACAGCUAGAACUAGAACCAGAGACCAUCACGGACAACGAUUCGGCUGCAGCUGAAGUGAAGUUCACUCACGGAAAGAAACCGAGCAAGUUUGAGACGAUGAUGACGAAGGAGGAGAUCGAGGAGGAGCAGAGGUGA